GCGAGGAGGUGGAGGAGGUGCCGGUGAUCAGGAUCUACGGCUCCACCCCCGCGGGGCAGAAGACUUGCCUCCACAUCCACCAGUCCCUGCCGUACUUGUAUGUACCUUGCCCAGAGGAGCUACUUCAUAAUAUUGAAAGAGGGAAUUCAUGUAUGACUGGUCUAUUGAGUGACCUCGAGAAAACUUUACAGAAUCGCGGCCCAGCAAAAAGGAAGCAUGUCCAUGGAUGUAGCCUUGUUCGAGCAAAGAAGUUGUAUGGUUAUCAUUCAUCCGAGGAGAUUUUUGUGAAGAUCUACCUAUAUUAUCCUCAUGAGGUUUCUCGGGCCGCGACCCAUCUAUUGGGCGGUGCUGUUCUUGAUAGAGUAUUCCAGCCUUAUGAAUCACACAUUCCAUAUCUUCUUCACUUUUUGAUCGACUAUAACUUGUAUGGAAUGGGCCAUGUACAUGUCACAGACUUCAAGUUCCGCCCUCCAUUGCCAGGUGAUUUUCAUCCUAAGACUCUGCAUAGGAAGGUGGACUCUUCUGAUGAAUCGGAGCACAAGACACAUUCAUAUAAUGCUGCGAUGAAAAACCCAAUUAUCUGGACAUCAUCAACAGUGCCACAUGCUUUAAUCCUGGGCGAUUCUUCAACUUCACAUUUCAUGGAAGGAUCCAGUUCGAACUUCAGAAAACGACAUACUUUUAUGAUGCUUGAAGCUGACUCCAGAGUAGAAGGAAUCAUAAACGAGAAGUAUAAGAUGUACACUUCUCUGUCACAAACAACGGCAGAUACCAAAAUGGUUCAGUCGCUUUUAGCAAUUUGGGAGGAACUUGAGCACUUAAGACUACUGGAUGAAACAAAACCUGCUGAUAUUGGUAGACCACCGCGGGAUGCUGUUCUUAAAAGUUUUAUUCAUGGUAUUAAGUAUGAGAGUGCUCUUUCUGCGUUGGAUCCAAAAGAGGAGGGGUCCCAUCACAAAGAUUCUGCCGUUGAAGCAUCUGAAAAGCUUGAGAGGUGCUUUAAAUCAUUGACCGAUGUUGUUGGGACUAUCACAUUCUCACAAAAUGACUGCUGCGAAAAUAUUGGUAGUGAUAAUUCUGCUCAAAGAACAUCUCAGUCAUUUGACGAACAUGAAAAGCAUGUAGAUUCUGAAGCACUUGGGCUUUUAAGCUGGAUGGCCUCCUCACAGGCUGGAGAGGAGCCAACAACUGAUGAUGAAUUAGUCAAUGAAGUCAUUCUGAGCCCUUUGUUCUCCAAGAAGUCCAUUGAAUUUGCUUUAGAGUCUGCUCACUUGGAUUUCGAUAGUGCUUCUCAGCAGGAGUGCCAGGAUAUUCUUGAUACACUUGAACCCAUGACUGGGGCAGAAGAAUUGAAUGCUCAGAACUCUUACCACAGUUCUCCAAUGCUUGAUGAGAGUACUUCAGUGGCCAAUACUAUUCCUCAGAUUGAUGGGUCUUCUGAUGAAAAACAGAAAGGCCCCCAAGAAUAUGAUCAGGGUAAAAUUACUAGAAGAAAAAUAGGAACAGCUAGUUACUCAUCUAGUAAAAAUAGUUCAAAGUUAGCAAGCAGUGCAAUGCCAACUGAGGAUCCAAGUUCUUACAAGAGUAAAACUGAGAAGAACUCUUGUGAUACCACAGACAACAAUGACAAGGAAUCUUCUGGUUCGAUAGGUGAACAUGGCUCAGCCUGUCUUUCUGUGAGGGAUUUAAUGAGAAGGAAGCGGAGGGGAUCUUUUCAGCCUGAAAAGUUAGAUUUUGGUUGUUCUGGAACUGCAGCAUGCAACAAGGAUAAAACCAGCGGAAUCGUGAUUUCUGGAGGAUUAGAAGUGCAUGACGUCACCAGUGGUCUUCCAAAUUCAGAAACGUCUUAUUCUGGUGGUGAAUAUGUACAUAUGACAUUUGCGCAGAAGCCUCCAACUGGUUCGGAGGUUUCUUCGGCAAGCAUUGAGCAUCCUGAAUCUGCUAAACUGGGAUCGGUUGACCCCCUUCCAUUUUUCAAUCAGACUGCUGAAGAGAAUAAGGAGAAUGGAUCAUUUCAGUAUAUGGGAAGUAGUGAAUUCACAUCUGAUACUUUGGGUGUUCCAACUCAUUUCCAAAAUGAUGGAUCAGUCCUAUAUUUGCUGACGCAUGCAUUUUCACCGCCAUCUGCAGCAGCUGUGGGCCAGUGGCUACCUCAACACACUUAUUCCAUUAGUGUCUCUGGUUACUUCAACUGUGGUGAGAAUGUUACAGAUGAUCAGGAAAUAGAACACCAUCCUACUUCUACACCACAUGCGGAAGCUCUUCCUUUGAUGGCCAAUUCUCCUGUACCCGGAUCUGCUUCUGAGCAUACAACAACAACGUUCAUUGAUACAGUUAUGAUGAAAUCUGAUCAGCCGAACAAAGAAAAUAAAAAGUUGGAUGAUUGGCAUGACUUUUCCCAGAUCUCAGCUGAAGAUGAGAAGCAUAAGCUCACACCUCUCAGUCAAAUUGGAUUUCGUGACCCUGCUAGCACCGGUGGUGGACAACAACUGACGAUACUUAGCAUAGAGGUAUUUGCGGAAAGCAGAGCAGAGCUGCGUCCUGAUCCACGGUUUGAUGCCAUCAAUGUUGUAUCUUUGGCUGUCGAGGAUGACGGUGACAAUACUGUUGAAGUUCGUGUACUUAUACGUGGAAACAAUGACAAAUCACAGGGGAGGAGAAACCUUGACGGAGUUAUUGGUUGCAGUGUCGAUGUCUUCCCGGAAGAGAGGAAUCUUUUGUAUCAUCUUAUCGAUGCAUUAUGUUCAAUUGAUCCAGAUAUCCUAGUUGGAUGGGAGAUUCAGUUAGGAUCUUUAGGAUUUCUUGCUGAAAGAGCUGCUUAUCUGGGUAUAGGCUUACUGAAAAGAAUCUCAAGGACACUACCACAUGAGUCAAAAUAUCCACCUAAGAAUCUAGCCCAUGAGUCUAGUCAGGUGCCUGAAGCAUCUCCUGCGGAUGAUGUUAUUGUGGAUGUCAGUGAGAAUGAUUGGAGUCAUACUCAUGCUAGUGGUGUACAUGUUGGUGGGAGAAUUGUACUAAACUUAUGGCGUCUCAUGCGUGGAGAAGUUAAGCUUAACAAUUACUCCCUUGAAGCUGUGGCUGAUGAAGUCCUGAGGCGAAAGGUACCAUUAGUACCAAACAAGACAUUGAAUCGAUGGUUUGCAACAGGUCCUGGACAAGGAAGACACCGGUGCAUAGAAUAUGUUAACAGCAGAGCUAUGCUCAACCUUGAAAUAAUAAAUCAACUUGACCUGGUCAAUCGGACAUCUGAACUUGCUCGUGUGUUUGGUAUUGACUUCUUCUCUGUUCUUUCACGAGGGUCUCAGUUUCGUGUUGAAUCUAUGCUCUUGAGAUUGGCUCAUACACAGAACUACCUUGCAAUUUCCCCAGGAAACCAACAGGUUGCUUCUCAGCCAGCCAUGGAGUGCAUGCCACUUGUAAUGGAACCAGAAUCAGCUUUCUACUCUGACCCAGUUCUCGUAUUGGAUUUUCAAUCUCUUUAUCCUUCCAUGAUAAUAGCAUAUAAUCUAUGUUAUUCUACUUGCUUGGGUAAAGUUUUCCCGUCGAAGUCCAGUGUACUUGGUGUCAGCUCAUAUUCAGCCGAUCCGCAUACGAUCGCUGAUCUGAAAAAUCAGCUGAUUCUUACUCCAAAUGGGGUUCUGUAUGUGCAACCGGAGGUCAGAAAAGGUGUAGUGCCUCGCCUUCUUGAGGAGAUACUGUCAACCAGAAUUAUGGUGAAGCAAGCACUGAAAAAGCUAGCUCCAUCUCAGAAGGUUCUGCAGAAGAUACUCAAUGCUCGGCAACUUGCUCUGAAGCUGAUAGCUAAUGUAACGUAUGGUUACACAGCUGCUGGGUUCAGUGGUCGUAUGCCCUGUGCAGAGCUUGCAGACAGCAUUGUUCAAUGUGGUCGUAGAACGCUUGAAACAGCAAUAUCAUUUGUCAAUCAGCAUCCCUUGUGGAAUGCUAGGGUUGUGUAUGGUGAUACUGACAGUAUGUUUGUUCUUCUAAAAGGGCGAUCUAGGGAAGAAGCAUUCAGAAUAGGAAAGGAAAUUGCCUCUUUAGUGACUGCGAUUAAUCCGGAUCCAGUCACUUUGAAGUUUGAGAAAGUGUACCAUCCCUGUUUCCUUCUUACAAAGAAGAGAUAUGUUGGCUAUAGCUAUGAAAACCCCGAACAGAACGAGCCAAUCUUUGACGCAAAGGGGAUUGAGACAGUGCGGAGAGAUACAUGCCCGGCGGUUGCGAAGAUGUUAGAACGAUCUCUUAGAAUAAUGUUUGAAGAACAAGACUUGGUCAAGGUUAAAUCGUAUGUGGAGCGUCAAUGGACACGGAUAUUAUCAGGAAAAGUUUCUAUUCAGGACUUCAUUUUUGCAAAGGAGGUUCGUCUUGGUACUUACAGUGCAAGGGCGUCCUCGCUGCCACCUGCAGCAAUUGUUGCAACAAAAGCAAUGUUGUCUGAUCCACGGGCAGAACCACGUUAUGCAGAGAGAGUGCCCUAUGUUGUUAUCCAUGGGGAACCAGGGGCUCGUCUCGUCGAUAUGGUCAUUAAUCCAUAUGGUCUGCUAGAAGUUGGAUCCCCUUAUAGGUUAAAUGAAUUAUAUUACAUAACCAAACAGAUUAUUCCAGCACUACAACGUGUCUUUGGACUCCUAGGUGUUAACCUAAAUAAAUGGUUUAAGGAGAUGCCUCGCCCCACACGGUCAACACUCGCGAAACGCCAGUCUGCUUUGGGUCACGGUUCUCGUGAUAGCAGUUCCAUCCGAUUGGGAUGGAACAAGAAACCGUCCGCCAAAGUAGCCAGGAUAGAUACUUAUUAUAUGUCGAGCCACUGUACUAUCUGUGGUGAUACAGUUCAAGGAUCAGAAACUUUUUGCAGUUACUGUUUAAAAAAUGAAGCUGUUGUUGCCACUGUAGUCACUGGCAGGACAUCAAAAUUGGAGCGAGAAAUCCAACAUCUUGCUGCUGUAUGUGGCCACUGUGGCGGCGCGGACUGGAUCAUGGAAAGUGGGGUCAAGUGUGUUUCGCUUGCAUGCCCGGUGUUCUAUGAGCGUCUGAAGAUUCAGAAGGAGUUGAGAGUCGUCUCGGAAUCCGCUGGAGAAGCUGGCUAUUAUCCAUUCUGCUGCGGGGAGCUAUUCUGACUUUGUAUUCUUGUUGUUAAUAUCUUGUACAUUGUACAUCUGUAAAAUGUACAAUCAGACUGUAAUUAUGUUGUUGUAACUCAUAGCAUUAUUAUGUACCAGUGUGUGUAGCAAAGGAGUAUAUAAUGUGUAACAACACACAUCCUCAUUUGAGAGGGCAAGAAAAAGUUACCCACCAGUUUGUUUC